CAGUUUACAAAGAGGAGUGCUUUUGCGGGUUCUUAGGAAAACCGGGCUCGAAGUGACGCAAGCGCCAUGACCUUCAUAAGCAUUCGAGCAGAGUGGAACAAAGCGCCCAAGUGAGCGGUCGAGGCAAACGCCAACCCAAGCAGCCCGGCCAAUGAACCGUGCCAUUCUUGACUAAAUGUUUGUGUGCAAGUGUUUUGUGUGCUUUUCAGCGUGAAUCGGUGAAAGGUCUCCAGUGUUGAUUUUAUGAGCGGCCAAAGCAUUUUCCAGUCUCAUCAAUGGCGGACGCUUCUCAAUCGCCCUUUGUGUGUCUUUGCACGUCCUGAUGUGACUGUCUUUCUGUGUCCAGAUGUGUGUGUGUGUGGGAAGAUUAGGACAAAGGCACAUUAUGGACAUGUGGUGUGUGUAUACGCCUCAUCCUUAUGUGGUUUGCGUGUCGAGUGGAUUGUAGCAGAAGACGACGACAUGUCGCCACGCGCAGAUCCAGUCCUGGUCCUGAUGAUCUUAAUGGCCUUGGUACACGCAAGUGGCGCUCUCCGCUGCUACAAGUGCUCCGACUACACCGGCCGCUGCGAGAACGUCCACGAAUGCACGUACGAGGAUGCCUGCCUCACGCUCAGCGUCCAAGGUGGCAAGACGUUGCGUCAGUGCAUCCGCUACACGGAUUGCGACAACUCGCGCCUGUCUCAGAUGUUCCCAGCCAUGUCGCCCUUUUCCUACCGCUGCUGCAACAACAACCUGUGCAACUCCAGCGGGGCGCCGGCCGCGACCCCGCUGGGCUCGCCGCUGCUGAUCGGCUGGCUGCUGAGCGCGCUCGUCUUCUGGCUGUGAGGUCACGUGACCUCUGGCUGCUCAACAAUAAAGACAAAAACAAAGGUU